CUACUCCUACUGCCAUUUCCUUUCCCACCAGUUGUGUUCAUCCAAGCAUCCAAGGAUGGCGCCCAAGCCGGCAAAGAAGAAGCCCAUGGACAAUGUCGCGGCGACGGAAGCAACCAAGCCAGCCUACAAGAAUGUCGCGGCGGUGGAAGCAACCAAGCCAGCCGACAAGAAUGUCACGGCGGCGGAAGCAACCAAGUCUGCCGAGAAGAAGACCCCGUCUGGGGAGACGCCCAAUACCGGGACAUCUUCGCGCCCGUCGCUGAGGAAUUCCUUCGUCAACGACGUCUUCGAGAGGGUCGCCUCGUAACUUGGAGCGCGAUGGCAGGAAUCCUUCGCUUCCUUCCCCCACGACCACGAGAUCGAUCAUUCUCGUUGUUGAUUUCUGAGGGUGUAUCGACUAUCGAAUAAUAAUGCAUGGCGUCUGCAUAUUUGUAAUAUUCCAUCGGUUUUUGACAUAUACAAUAUAUAAAAGCAUUACAUAUUUCGGUUGGUUA